AUGCGGCUGCCGGAGCUGUGCCUGGCGCUCCUCUGCGCCACCGGCACGGGCACCGAACCCCCGCGAGCAGCCCGGGAGCGGCCGCUGGCUCCGGGAACAGCCGCGGGCCGUGCGGGGCCCGGAGCUGCCCCCGUGGAUCCCCGGCAGGCGUGGAUGCUGCUGGCCGGGAGCUCCGGGCCGGGAAACGGCGAGCGAGGCCGCGGCCGGAGCGGGGCUCGCACGGCCCCAGCAGGCGCCGGCUCUCCGGAAAAACCAACCUCGGCUGCCCCGGCCUCCCCCAGGAUGCCGGAGGAGCUGCUGAGGGAGCUGCAGCUCCUGCUCAGAGGCAUGGCAAAGCUGUGCAGGACAGCUGGGGAAGGGCGUAAGGAGGAGGAAAGCAGAAAAGGCAACCUCCGGGGCGGAGUCCAGCACCGUGUGGAAGCAGCCUUCCGUUGCCGAACGCGUGAAGACAUCACUGUGGAGCAGAAGAUGUGGCAGGAGCUGGGGUUGUUCUACAUUCCAGAGAGGGAGGGGAUGUUCCACCGUGGCCCGGGGCUGAACCUGACCAGUGGGCAGUACAAGGCCCCGAUUGCAGGGUACUACGCCUUCACCAGCACGCUGCACAUUGCACACAGGGAGCCGCAGAGGAAGGGCCAGGGAUGGCGAGGGAGCCGCCUGCGGGUGCUGAUCUGUGUGCAGUCCCGCUGCCAGCACAACAGCAAUCUGGAGACUGUAUCUCAGCUGGGGAACAGUGGGGACCUUUUCACCAUCUCUGUCACGGGCACCCUUUACCUGCAGGCUGGGCAGUAUGCCUCCGUUUUCGUGGACAACUCGGCAGGCUUUCCCCUCACAGUUCAAAGUGGUUCCGAUUUCAGUGCUGUUCUGCUGGGAGUGUGAAGAGGCACCACGCUGAACCUCUGCCAGCCACCAUGGUGUCUCCCCUGCUCAGCACCAAGCCUAAGAAAGAACAUUUGCUCAUGCAGGAAGCUGCAGUCUGGUCUGAUAUUGCUUGUGCUGCAGAACCAGCCAAAG